AUGAGGGUAGCAGACCCCAGCGGCGUCUGCUGCAGCAGCAGCAGCGACAACAGCAACAACAACAACAGCAGCAGCAGCAACGACAGCAGCAACAGCAGCAGCAGCAACAGCAGCAGCAGCAGCAACAGCAGCAGCAUCAGCAGCAGCAACACCGCCAGCACUAUGAGCACCACCAGCACUAUCAGCAGCAGCACCACCACCACCACCAGCAGCACUAUCAGCAGCAGCAGCACUAGCAGCAGCAGCAGCAGCAGCAGCAACACUAGCAGCAGCAGCAGCAGCAGCAGCAGCAGCAUGGAAGCAGCAAUAGACGAAUCGUUGAUUCUUUCUCUGCAGCAGCAAUACCUUCCCCCUAACUACGAUUUUGAGUUAAUAAAAACAGCAAAACGGCUAGCAGCAGCAGCAGCAGUUCGGGUGUCUAUGCAGCUACCGGAGGGCCUCCUAGCCUGGGGCUACCAGCUAGCUGCUAUUCUUCUUAGGGUUGUGCCGUCUAUACAAACGCAGCAGCAGCAGCAGCAGCAGCAGCAGCAGCAGCAACAGCAGCAGCAGCAACAGCAGCAGGAGAAGAAGCAGCAGAAGCAACAGGAGCAGAAGCAUCGGCAACACCAGCAGCAGCAGCAGCAGGAACUAAAACAGCAACCGCAGAAACUACGACAACAGCAGCAACAGCAGCAGCAACAGCAGCAGCAGCUGCUGCUGCUGCUGCACCCCCAUGCAGCAGCUGCUGCGGUGUAUCUGAUGACUCUAUUGAAUCUGUUUCUACUCUCUCCUGUAGAGCUUUCAGAUCCUCCUUUGGGGGCCCCCCGUAUAAGCGAAGAGGAGGAGGUGGAUACAGUGGUGUUUGUGGCGGAUGGGCGGUUUCAUUUGGAGGCUUCUAUGAUACAAAACCCUGGGCUGCGGUUUCUUAGAUAUGAUCCUUUUUUGAAGGUAAAAGCAGCAGAAGCAACAGGAGCAGAAGCAUCGGCAACACCAGCAGCAGCAGCAGCAGGAACUAAAACAGCAACCGCAGAAACUACAACAGCAGCAGCAACAGCAACGGCAGCAGCAGCAGCAGCUGCUGCUGCUGCUGCUGCAUCCCCAUGCAGCAGCUGCUGCAGUGUAUCUGAUGACUCUAUUGAAUCUGUUUCUACUCUCUCCUGUAGAGCUUUCAGAUCCUCCUUUGGGGUAAACCCUAAACCCUAG